AUGGUCAAACCCACCGUUGACGAGCAGUUGAUUGGAUUGGAAGAACAAAGUGUACGACGUUUGACAAUAGGCAUAAAAAUUGUACUGGCACUCAAGGCGAUUUGCUACUCUCAUUCCAUCGAAAUCACUGUCUCUGCUGUUCCUGCGUUAUAUAAAAGGAUGAAGUUGAUUUAUGUGUGUGACAAUGCACAUGUCUAUCAGCAGCCCCAUAAUGGCUAUGAGUUGGUAGUGAUCUACAAUAACACCAUCAUAGCAAAGACAGUGAAUAAGCUUGCACCAAGGGGAGCCGCUAUUGACCAAUUCCCUCCUGAAGUGGAAUCAGACGUUGAGAUCGAACGCCUAAUAGAUGAUGGGUCGGCUGUUCCAGUGCAACUGACUGUUUCAGUUACAGUUAUCACCCUCACUGGGCUCACAAUUAAAGGAAGGUGA